ACUGUGGCAUAAUGUAGUUCACCUCCUUGGUAAUGAGACAUCGAUAGCAGCGCGUUUUUUUCACGUGGUGACUGCCUUUUUAUUUUAUGCAAGAAGUUUGCGCAGAAUAGUAAAGUAUCUGAUAUCGGUUUUUUAAACACUGUCCCGCAGGAUUUAACUUUUCAGAAGUGUAUUUUUUGUCAUUCAUUUUUCCGAUUCAUGGAUGGAAUUUAUUGACCACAGACAAUAAUCCUGCGUGCUUCUUUUAUUCAUGUGUGUGUGCUGGUGACCGGUUACCAUGGAGAAGCAGGCGGUGCAGAGGGCCAGAGAGGCUUUCCUCGCUGGGCGGUCGCGACCCCUGGAGUUCAGAGUUCACCAGCUCAAGUCCCUCCAGAGGAUGAUCACAGACAGACAGGGAGAGAUCGCCACCGCCCUCAAACAGGACAUCAACAGGAGCCAGUACGACACCCCGCUGUUUGAGCUGAUCGGCCUGGAGAAUGAGAUCAGCCUGGCUGUGUCGAAGCUGGCCCAGUGGGCUGCUCCUCGGCCUGUAGAGAGGAACCUCCUCACCAUCUCAGACCAGGCGUACAUCCAGCCGGAGCCCCUGGGAGUGGUCCUCAUUAUCGGGGCCUGGAACUACCCCUGGGCCCUAACCCUGCAGCCCCUGGUCGGGGCUAUCGCUGCAGGUACGCAAUGCAUGCUGUGCGUGAAGCCGUCUGAGCUGAGUGAAUACUCAGCUAGUCUCCUCAAAGCUCUGCUCCCACGAUAUCUGGACCAGGAGCUGUACCCUGUAGUGUGUGGGGGCGUGUCAGAGACCCAGGAGUUGCUGCGUCAGCGUUUCGACCACGUCUUCUACACAGGGAACUGCACUGUGGGUAAACUGGUGAUGGAGGCCGCAGCCCGACACCUCACCCCCGUGACCCUGGAGCUGGGGGGGAAGAGCCCCUGUUACAUCGAUAAGGACGUCGACCUCAGAGUUGCAUGCCGGCGUAUCACUUGGGGGAAGUUUGUGAACUGCGGUCAGACAUGCAUCGCCCCAGACUACAUCCUGUGUGAACCCAGCAUCCAGAACAGAGUGGUGGAGGGCAUCCGACAGACACUACUGGAGUUUUAUGGGCCGGACCCCAAAUCUUCCCCUGACUACGGCCGCAUCAUCAACCAGCGCCACUUCAACCGCGUGAUGACUCUACUGGAGGGCUACACGGCAACAGUAGGGGGGCAGAGUGACGCGUCACAACGCUACAUUGUGACCGUCAGCGACAUAGAUGACGCCAUCCACUUCAUCAACGAGAGAGAGAAGCCCCUGGCGCUCUACGUCUUCUCCUCCAACAAGAAGUAA